UUUGAGAGUAACGAUGAUUACGGUCCUCUGCUAUCGUCAAGUCAUCUACGGAGCUACAACAAACUCAAGAGCAGUCUGAAAAUGGCCGGCACUACGAACUGGAAGGAUGUCGAUCUGACUGAUUACCCGGAUCUUGCGGAGAGCCUAGAAAGCGCCGACGUGAACAACUGGGAUCUAGAUUCGGAUCAGCUGCUCGAUCUGGCGGCCUCCCUCAGUGACUUCUUCAGCGGUACCAACUCCAUAAAUGACGUCAUCAAAGACAUUCCUGGUGAUAAUUUAGUGAAAAUGAAGAAAUUAUUAGACGCCGAUAGUAACUUUUACGAUAAUUAUUUCAAAGAGAAUCCACUAUCAAAUGGUAAAAGCUCCGCGAGGAACACUGCUGCCAACAAACACGUCAACGUUGGAAAUCCUAAACUGCAUGCCUCACCUGGUAGCCAUUAUUUACCGGAUGUCUCAUUGUUCGGAGACAAGACAACCAAUGUGGGCAGUGUUGCGUCAACAACACAGGACCCCAAAAACGACACUAACAUACCUAAUUUCUAUUCCACGGAUGAAAUUGAGGACGAUUUUGAUUGGGAGUCUAUACUUGAGACCUGAUUUUCGACGCUGCGUCUCUAGGAGGUGGUGGUGUGUUGUUCGGGUUUUCCUGCAUAUUUUUUUUGAAAUAUUUUAUAAUAUUAUUAUUAUGCUAUUAAGUUUUAAUCUUUUAAGGAUUAUAUUCUUUAAAUGUGAUAGUUGAACGUUUUGAUAGAGAAACAUGAACAUUUUUCGACUUUUAUCAGAAUAUCACACUAAAAUGACUGUUAUUAAUGAGAUUUAACGUUGGAUAAACCGUCUUUUAUAACAUUUUGCACUAAAUUUUUUUGUUUUUUUAGAAGAAAAGACUGCAUUUUUUAAGGAACUGCAGAAUAUUGAGUCGCAUAUCUUUGUACGAUAGUUUU